AUGUCAGAUUUAAAUAGAUCGAAGACAUUUGCAGUAGAAGAAGUGAAAGGGUGGCCAUCGACAACGGAUGUGAAAGGAAUUCUGGGAAGUAUUAUACGUCUUUGGUACAUGUAUGACCUUGACCUUCCAGCACUAAUACGCGGUAAAAUUCUUCAUACACAGACUGACCCUUUAACAGACCGCGAGGUGAUCGAGAUUGCACGCAAACUGUGUGAAUCAGGUGAUAAUUACAGUGGCAUACUCUGGCUGGAAGCCUUGUUACAGAGGAAACAGCGAGACAGUGACGGGAACGUUUCUGAGGAAAUCAUCAGCUCCCGACUGGCACAGUAUUACAAUCAGUAUGAUAUGCCCUGGAAAUCUGUAGAAGUUCUUGAGAAAUUCCAAACAAAUGGAUCCAAGGUAACACGAGCGAACUAUAAAUAUUUCAAAAUUCGAGCAGCGGAGAUAAAGACGGCGAGGAAGCCAUUUUCACAAAUUUCUUUCACUAAUGCUGAUGAAAAAUACAAGGAACUUUGCAACCGGAAUAACCAGACUGUGUCACACAUGUCAACACUGAGGUGCUUUCUAACGAAGACUUCAAUACCAUUUAUUCGAGGGAGAGAGGAAGUUCUAAAUCAAAGGCCGAGAAUUUCGAUGUUUCAUGACGUGAUAUCGAAAUCUGAUAUUGAGAAAAUAAAAAUCACGUCUGCUGAACGAUUUAAGGACUCCACUGUGGUACUGACUGCAGGAUCUACAACAAACGUCCACAUGAGGGUCAGCCAGACACACUGGAUGAGUGAAAACGACUUCACCCGCCGUUUAACAUGGAAAAUUGGAAUAUUAACUGGAUUGAAUACAACAUUUAGAAAACGUGUCAGUGACUCAGAACCAUUUCAGGUACUGAAUUAUGGUUCCGGAGGAAUGUACAAUCCCCACGUUGAUCCUUUGCAAGGAACUCAAAGUCCUGAUUACCUUGUCGGUUCUGGAGACAGAUUGGCUACCUGGAUGUUCUAUUUGAGUUCUGUGACAGCAGGAGGAGCCACAGUAUUUCCGCGUCUACGCGUGCGCAUACCAGUGGUAGAGGGGGCUGCAGCUUUCUGGUUCAAUUUAGUAGAUGACGGUCGAGUUGACCAACGCACUGUUCAUGCAGGUUGUCCAGUCUUGCUGGGAUCUAAAUGGGUGGCCAACAAGUGGAUACACAGCAAUGCGCAGAUGUUUGUAAGACCAUGUAAGGCUAGACACACACCUUACCUGUGA